AUGCUCUGUGUGCGUGCCUGUGUGGGCAACGAUGAGGGAGAUGACACUCCCGCCGCGCCGGUGAAGACCGUGGACAAGACAUCUACCCACACCGUCAAGCGCAACACCGAUGGCGCGGCCCCGGCUGCUAAGACUGCUGCUCCGGCUACCGGUGGCCGUCGAGGCGGUGCCUACUCUGGCAACGAAGCUGCUUUCCGGGAUCGCCAGGCCGGCAGUGACCGCAACCGUGGCAAGUCCACUGACGAUGCCCCUCGCGGAGGACCCCGAGGUGGCCGCGGAGCUCGCGGCCGUGGAGGUCGUGGCGGUGGAUACAGCCGUGACCGCGAUGACCGGCAUACUAAGGGCCCGGCCAGCGGCUCCGACAAGCAGGCUGCCCAGUCAUGGGGUGCUACUGAAGGCGAUGCCGAGCUAAAGGAUGAGCAAGCCGGAGAGGAGAUCGCCAAGACCGAGCAGAAGGAUGCUGCCGCCGAGGGUGAUGCGGAUGAGACCCCCGCCGAGCCCGAGGAGAAGCACAUCUCCUAUGCUGACUACCUCGCCCAGCUGGCCGAGAAGAAGCUGGCCCUGUCCGGCGAUCUUGCUCCUCGCAAGGCCAACGAGGGCUCCAAGUCCGACAAGAAGUGGGCCGACGCGAAGCCUCUCGUCAAGGAUGAGGAUGAUGACUUCAUUGCCGGCUCCUCAGGCAAGGCCAAGCGCGAGCGCGAGCGCAAGACCAAGCAGUUCGUCGAGAUCGAGAACCGCUUCAUCGAGUCCGAGCGUCCUCGUGGCGGUCGUGGAGGCCGCGGCGGCGGUGCCGGCCGAGGUGGUGAGCGUGGUGACCGUCGUGGAGGCGACCGUGGUGGUCGUGGCCGCGGUGGUGGUGACCGUGGCGAGUUCCGCGGUGGCCGAGGUGGUCGCGAUAACACCGCCAUCAACACCAAGGACACCAGCGCUUUCCCCAGCCUGGGUGCAUAA